AUGGCACAGACACCCGCGGCUUCGGCUGCUCUCGACCUUGCCACAGAUGCGCAUGUCAAGUACAUCCAAAGCUUGGACACGCGGAAAGAUGAGUAUGACUACUGGUUGACCGAACAUCUCCGGCUCAAUGGGCUAUACUGGGGCCUGACGGCCCUUCACAUCAUGGGCCGGCCUGACGCCUUGCCCAGAGAUGAGACGAUUGACUUUGUGCUCUCAUGUCAGCACGAGAACGGAGGCUUUGGAGCUGCACCGGGCCACGAUGCCCACAUGCUCUACACUGUGAGUGCGGUGCAGAUUCUGGCCAUGAUCGACGCAUUUGACGAGCUCGAGGCGAGGGGCCGGGGUAAGGCGCAGGUGGGAAAGUUCAUCGCGGGUCUCCAGAACCGAGAGACCGGGACAUUUGCUGGUGAUGAAUGGGGUGAAGAGGAUACGCGCUUUCUCUACGGCGCUUUCAAUGCUCUAUCCCUCCUGGGCCUGCUUUCACUUGUCGAUGUGGACAAGGCGAUCGAGCAUGUUGUCGCGUGCGGCAACUUUGACGGCGGGUACGGCGUCAGCCCGGGCGCCGAGUCGCACUCGGGCCAGAUCUUCACUUGCGUUGCGACGCUGGCCAUAGCGGAUAAGCUUGACCUUAUCGACAAGGACCGACUAGCACGAUGGCUCAGCGAGCGGCAAGUGGCGGGCGGGGGCCUGAAUGGCCGCCCCGAGAAGAAAGAAGACGUAUGUUACAGCUGGUGGGUACUGAGCCCGCUCGCAAUCAUCGGUCGUCUUCACUGGAUCGACCGUGAGCAGCUUAUCGGCUUCAUCUUGACCUGCCAAGAUCCAGAACUCGGCGGCUUCGGUGACAGGCCGGGCAACAUGGUUGAUGUGUGGCACACUGUCUACAGCAUUGCAGGGCUGAGCCUGCUGGAAUACCCGGGCCUUGAGGCCAUCCACCCGGCCUACUGCAUGCCCAGGAGCACCAUAGAGCGGGUGAUCGGCAAUAAAUGA